UCUGCAGGGCGGAAAAGCGGCCUGGGCACGAGCAGACUGCGACCCAGCCCCACCUCUUCCCGUGCUAGUGUGCGGCCGAGGGCUGGGAGCGGACCCCGCCCCUUCGCGCGGUUCCCGACCCGAGUUCAGAGUUGCCAGCCGCUGCCGAGCCUCGCGGAAUGAUCCUGUUCGGAGGCAUCUGUGCUCAAAAGAAAUCGGAGGGUCUGGUCUGUCCCGGGAUUCUGCCGGCUCGUUCAGUGGGAGAAACAUCCGGCUAACGUAAAAAUCCCGACUUGCCGCUCAAGGCCAAUUUGCUUCAGUUCAGGAGUUACCACCAAGAGGUGUGAUUACAGACGCUGUGAAUCGGAUAUGUUGGACUCGUGAGGCUCCGCACCGGGAAUCUACAGGACCCCGCGCAGCUCCCAACACCACCUGUGGGGUCUCGAGCUGGGUCCUUUAAAAGUUCCCUCCGGAGCAGCGGGGCCGGACCUUCCCUAGGGCGUCCGUCCGGAAACUCAGCCGCGGGCCGAGGGUUCCGGAUGCUGGGAGGCUGCGCGUUGGCCGGGCGAUGCCGCCUGCUAUUCCGCGAGGAGUCGGAGCCCGAGCUCUCCGCUGUGCUCUUAGCUCGGAGGGCUGGGCUCUUAGCUCUAACGAGGGCUGGCGGAACUCUGUCCGCCCCUCGUUAUUGUCUCUGUACUUAGGUGAAGGUGCACCGCCUCUUUCGGCAUCACACCCGGAGAGGAGAUGGGGCCACGCUUUUCAGAACUUGGUAGUCGGAUAGCAAACAUUUCACUGGCGUGGAUGCUCCCUUCACCUGGCCUUUGGAGACUCAGUUGUGUUUUAAUGGCGGCGGCAGCUGCUGGGUGAGCAGCCCGAGACUGUGCAGUACCCCUCGGGGCAGGAGGGGAUCACCCUCCUCCUCCUCCCGCAACACCUCUGCAUUGGUAGCGGUGCUUUUCCCGUGUUACCCCUCCACUCUUGAAGAGAGAAAAAGAUGCCACUGCCAUUUGGAUUAAAACUCAAACGUACCCGGCGCUACACGGUGUCCAGCAAGAGCUGCCUGGUUGCCCGGAUCCAGCUGCUCAAUAACGAGUUUGUGGAGUUCACACUGUCAGUGGAGAGCACUGGUCAGGAGAGCUUGGAGGCCGUGGCCCAGAGGCUGGAGCUGCGGGAGAUCACUUACUUCAGUCUCUGGUACUACAACAAGCAAAAUCAGCGCCGCUGGGUAGAUUUAGAAAAGCCUCUGAAGAAGCAGCUGGAUAAAUAUGCCUUGGAACCCACGGUCUAUUUCGGAGUGGUGUUUUAUGUGCCUUCAGUGUCUCAGCUGCAGCAGGAGAUUACCAGGUAUCAGUAUUAUCUGCAGCUGAAGAAAGAUAUCUUGGAAGGAAACAUUCCUUGUACAUUAGAACAAGCAAUUCAGUUAGCAGGCUUAGCUGUUCAAGCUGAUUUUGGUGACUUUGAUCAGUAUGAAUCCCAGGACUUUCUUCAGAAAUUCGCCUUAUUUCCUGUGGGGUGGUUACAGGAUGAAAAAGUAUUGGAAGAAGCAACCCAAAAAGUGGCCCUGCUGCACCAGAAAUACAGAGGGCUUCCAGCUCCUGAUGCCGAAAUGCUGUUCAUGCAGGAGGUGGAAAGAAUGGAAGGCUACGGGGAGGAGAGCUACCCUGCAAAGGACAGCCAAGGCAGUGACAUAGCUGUUGGCGCAUGUCUUGAAGGCAUCUUCGUGAAACACAAGAAUGGAAGGCCUCCUGUGAUGUUUCGGUGGCACGACAUUGCUAACAUGUCCCACAACAAGUCCUUUUUUGCGUUGGAGCUGACGAGCAAAGAGGAGACCGUCCAGUUUCAGACUGAAGACAUGGAAACAGCGAAGUACGUGUGGAGACUGUGUGUCGCGAGGCACAGGUUUUACAGACUGAACCAGUGCAGCCUGCAAACUCAGACCGUCACAGUGAACCUGAUCAGGAGGAGGUCUUCUUCAAGGAUGUCUCUGCCUCAGCCUCAGCCUCAGCCUCAGCCCUGUGGGAUGCCCGCGCCGCCCCAGCUGCAUUACAACGGGCAUUACUCAGAACCGUACGCCGCUUCUCAAGAUAACCUCUUUGUGACCAACCAGAACGGUUACUAUUGUCACUCUCAGACAAGCCUGGACCGAGCCCAGAUGGACCUCAGCGGCCGCAUCCGGAAUGGCAGCGUCUACAGCGCACACAGCACGAACUCCCUGAACAGCCCGCAGCCCUACCUGCAGCCCUCGCCCAUGUCCUCGAACCCCAGCAUCACCGGCAGCGACGUCAUGAGACCCGACUACGUCCCGUCUCAUCGACACAGCGCGCUGAUCCCCCCUUCUUACCGCCCGACCCCCGAUUACGAGACCGUGAUGAAGCAGCUCAACCGGGGGCUGGGGCACGCGGAGAGGCAGAGCCACUCGCUGAGAAACCUCAGCAUCGGCAGCUCCUACGCGUACAGCCGGCCCGACGCUCUGGUCUACAGCCAGCCCGAGAUCCGGGAGCACGCCCACUUCGCCUCGCCCCCGGCGGCCCACUGCCCGUUCAGCCUGAACUACAGUUUCCACAGCCAGUCCCCCUACCCCUACCCCGCGGAGAGGCGGCCCGUGGUGGGUGCCGUGAGCGUGCCCGAGCUGACCAACGUGCAGCUCCAGGCCCAGGACUACCCGGCCCCAAACAUCAUGAGGACCCAGGUGUACCGCCCGCCCCCGCCCUACCCGCCCCCGAGGCCCGCCAACAGCACCCCGGACCUGUCCCGCCACCUCUACAUCAGCAGCAGCAACCCCGAUCUCAUCACCCGGCGCGUCCACCACUCGGUGCAGACCUUCCAGGAGGACAGCCUGCCGGUGGCUCACUCCCUGCAGGAGGUCAGCGAGCCCCUCACCGCGGCCCGGCACGCGCACCUGCAGAAGAGGAACAGCAUCGAGAUCGCGGGGCUGACUCACAGCUUCGAGGGCAUGAGGCUCAAGGAGAGGACCAUGUCGGCCUCGGCCGCGGACGUGGCCCCACGGGCUAGCUCCGCAGGCUCCCAGCCAAACGUUUUCCCCGAAAGAACAAAACGGGGAGAGACGGCCGGGCAGGAAGGCCUGAGAUACGGCCACAACAAGUCCCUUUCGGAUGCCACCAUGCUGAUACACAGCAGUGAGGAGGAGGAGGAGGACUUCGAGGAGGAGCACAGAGCGCCGGCUGUGCUCUCCCCACGGGCACGGGAGCCCCGGGGCAGUUACUCCCAAGAGCCGCAGGCGGGCUACUCCUGCGCCUCCGUCACUCCGGGCGUCGGCCCUCUGCACAUUCUCGAGCCCAAGUCCCAGGUCACAGAGGCCGAGAGGAGGGCGAGGGAGGGCAGCCCCGUGCGCCUGCUGGCGGAGGCCCAGCGGCCCCGGAGAGAUGGGCUGCUCACCCCCUCCAUGUCCGAGUCUGACCUCACCACGUCGGGGAGGUACCGGGCCAGGAGGGAUUCUCUGAAGAAGAGGCCUGUGUCCGACCUCCUCUCCGGAAAGAAGACCAUCGUGGAAGGACUUCCGCCGUUAGGGGGAAUGAAAAAGAGCCGAGUAGAUGCAAAAAAAAUGGGUCCUCUCAAACUGGCCGCCCUGAACGGCCUCUCCCUGUCUCGCCUGCCUCUGCCUGAUGAAGGGAAGGAAGUGUGUGCCAGAGCCACCAAUGACGAGAGGUGUAAAAUUCUGGAGCAGCGGUUGGAGCAGGGAAUGGUAUUCACCGAGUACGAGAGAAUUCUUAAAAAACGGCUGGUGAACGGCGAGUGCUCAACGGCACGGCUCCCCGAAAACGCAGAAAGAAACCGAUUCCAAGAUGUGCUUCCCUAUGACGACGCCAGAGUGGAGCUGGUCCCAACCAAAGAAAACAACACUGGUUACAUCAACGCCUCCCAUAUUAAGGUCUCUGUCAGUGGCAUUGAAUGGGACUAUAUCGCCACACAGGGGCCCUUACAGAACACCUGCCAGGACUUUUGGCAGAUGGUGUGGGAACAGGGAAUUGCCAUCAUAGCCAUGGUGACAGCAGAAGAGGAGGGAGGAAGGGAGAAGAGCUUCAGGUACUGGCCACGGCUGGGUUCCAGGCACAACACUGUCACCUACGGAAGGUUUAAGAUCACCACCCGGUUCCGCACCGACUCCGGCUGCUAUGCCACCACAGGCUUGAAGAUGAAGCACCUGCUCACGGGGCAGGAGAGGACAGUCUGGCAUCUCCAGUACACAGACUGGCCGGAGCACGGCUGCCCGGGGGACCUCAAGGGCUUUUUAUCGUACCUUGAAGAGAUCCAGUCUGUGCGACGCCACACCAACAGCACCAGUGAGCCCAGAAGCCCCAACCCCCCGCUGCUGGUGCACUGCAGUGCGGGCGUGGGCCGCACUGGGGUCAUCAUUCUGUCGGAGAUCAUGAUCGCCUGCCUGGAGCACAAUGAGGUGCUAGACAUCCCAAGGGUGCUGGACAUGCUGAGGCAGCAGAGGAUGAUGCUGGUGCAGACCCUCGUCCAGUACACGUUCGUGUACAGAGUUCUCAUCCAGUUUCUGAAAAGCUCCAGGCUCAUAUGAGCUCCCACAGCUUCCGAAGGGGACCCAACCGUGUGAAGCGUUUACAGUAGGAAGAGGGUGUAGUGCUCAACUCACACUUCCCCCUUGACACGCCCGCACAGAGCUCUGCGUGGGGAACAGGCGCAGUGUGGACGGAGUGCACUGAGGAGUGUGCGGAGUGUGGGCCACGGGGACAUUCCCCCGGGAAGAUGCGGGAGCAGGCGGCCUGGCGUCCAGGGCCCGGCCGGCCCCGCUCUGUCCUGCGGCGGCACUUGCACACCUCUUGGAGGCUGUGUUUUCUGGACGAUUCGGUGUUUUACCGGAGCCGUGCUGGCAACUCGGGCAAUCAUUAACACACGUAGCUCUCUCUCUCGAAGUUUUUGCUAAGGGAUUUUUAUUUUAUGGCUAAACUAUGUGGGGUUUUCUUGUUGAGAAACUGAACUUUCCGUGAGGAUAAUCCACCAACAUAGUGGUUCCUUUGUAACUUUGUAUUUAAAACCAUGUUAUUAUCUUUUGAUAUUUUUUAAAAACCUUGGGUACUUAACAAUUUAGUUAUCAAAUCCAAACUACAAGAGUCUAAAAGUGUUAUUUUGAAACAUUUAGAAAGCAUUUUUAUAUUCAGAAAAUUUUUUAUCCUAAAAAUUCUAUAUAUUUGUACCUUCUGUAUUUUCCAAACAAGAGUUCAACUCACUAAGGUACGGAAGUAAGUCAGUUAAGGGCAAGCUGGGAAUGAAGGCACAUUAUUUAAAAAUGGGACAGAAUCAUCAGAUUUCCUUUUUUUCAGUGUUAUUCAUGAACCUCAAUGAGUUUGAUUUUAUUGGUUGAAAAUGAGAUGAAAAACAAUUGCAUAGGAUGGAUUUAAGCACUUAAAAAAAAAAACCAGUAAGCUGAGUUUUAAUGUACGUGUUGCUUCACAGAUGAAACAGUAACAGUAACAGAAGGGGAACUUUGGACGAGGUCGGGAGUAAGAGCGUGUAGGGUGGCCAGACGGAAGUGCGUGCGGGGGCGUGCAGGGUGUCAGUGCAGGGCGGCUUUGUUUUUACAGGGCUCAGUAUUGUCUGUGCUCAGACUGAGAUGUGGGGACAGGGCGUGGGGGGCUGAGAGUGUGGGGCUCCCUGCCCCCCAGAGGUAGGUCUCCCCAGGAAAUUCCAGGCCUGUCACUGUUAGUGACCCACUGUCUCUUUGGGGCUCUUCCACCUCAACCUCUAUUUCUUGACAAAAAAAUCAAGUUUAUAUUAUCAUCGAAUGAAACCUUGAGGAAACUUUAUCAUUUUUGUUGUUGCUGAAGGAAAAGAAGAAUCUCACCCCUUCUCCCCAAACCACAGCCCAGACUUGUGGGGCCCCCAGAGGUUGCUCUGGCACUAGCUCCCCAACGCCUGACUUCACCCUGAGGUCAGUUUUUCAGUUUUAGCAUCUCAGCCUCCCCUCCCCCAUCACGUGGGGCAGAACAAGGCUGAAGGGGGGAGAGUGUCCCCUCCAGCCCAGGCAGCCCAGGCAGCCCGAGCAAAGAUGGCCUUGUCGCAGUGGGAGUCGAGCAGGGAAGGGCUGGCCCAGCGGUCAGCAGGUCAGCAGGUCAGCAGGUCAGCGGAGGAGCCCUCCCGUUCUUCCUUCUGUUGAGGCUGCUUCUGCAGAACACGGAGCUGCCAGAGUGUCGGGUCCAGGGCUCUUCCUCCAAUCACAACAUCCCAGGGCUGUUUCCAGUUCCCGCGGACACCCCCCACGCGGUCCGUGGUGUCGGCUCUGCAACAGGCUUCCUUUGAACCUGCGGGUCUGCCUUGCCCUGAGCACCCCGAAACCAGCUGCUGAAGUGGGGAACGCAGGAAGUAUUAGGGAGAAAGAGUAUUGCAAGUGAGCACAUCUGUCACUUAGGAACACACUGUUGUUGGAAAUCUGAAAUCGUUUUUAAGAGUGCUGUUUGAAGAGCAGUAGACCUCAGUGCAGAUAGUCAGGGUGAGCCCCUCAGAAGGAUGGCGGGAACGUCAUUUCAUGGUACUGGUUCCCAUCUCCACACCGCAUGAAGCACGGGGGUGUUUCUGGUGACUUUCCCCUUCCAUCGUAGGUGUUUUGAGAAUGCUUUUCUGUCAGGCUACAACAGUCAGAGGGCCCGGACAACAAGAAGCCGUUGUGAGACGAAAUCUGCAGCAGCACGUGGUGCGCUCGUGUUGGGCCGCGCAGUUGGGUGAUGAGAAACGCCCAGGGCUGGGUCGCAGUGCGAACGUCCACCUUGGGGUGUUGCGAGGCCGACCCAGCUUCUCAGACCUUGUACUUUUCUCACCCCUUUUAAGUCUUUAAACUUUUAAUUGCCAUUAGCGACUCUCAAAGUGUUUCUGAAUAAAAAUAAAUCAUGUUAGGGAUUUUGAAAUAAUGUGAUUUUCAAGAGCAAACUCUAAAACAUUCAGGUUUCAUAGUUUCACUCUGUUUGAAUUGAGAAUGUUACUUUUUGCCAAACUCAUGCUUCAGCAUCUUAGUGUCUUUUAGUUCCUUGAUAUUAUUAAUUUCAAAUCAAAAUUACCAAAACGUAUGUUUUCACCAAAAGCAGGUUAUAAACCAGUGCUUUCCAGUGGCAAAUUUUGGCAUCUCUGGCGUCUGUUCUCCUGAUGAGUGGGGAUCUUCUGAUGAAAUAGUUCAGUUGGUGCUGGUGAGCACAGAACGUUCAUUUUAGCAUAUCAUUGGAGAUGCUACUUGCAAUCAUUAUCAUUACUUUUUCCUGGAACAUCUACUGUGAAGCAUUGAGAAAGCCCUAGAAUUUAGCCUUUACAGCCUUUUGGCAGAGUUAAAAACAGAAGGUGUACCUGUGCUUCCUUAGAAUCUUCCAGAAAGAGCAAGGUCUAAGGCAGAAACCCAGAGAGGAGUGUUGGGUUGCCAGACUGCGUGGUGACGGCUUGGUGCUGCCAACUUUCCUGGACGCUUUCGUUGUCAGAAGAAAACAGUCACUUCAAAUGGGUUGAUGCGGUAAUGUUCACAACCUUAAGAAAAUUUAAAUAUAUAUGUUAUAUAUAAUAUAAAGCUUUAUAUGUAUGAAAAUAUAGAACUGGAGGUCAGCUGCAACCGAUUAAGUGGAGGUUUAAUUGAGAUUUGCAUGAACAGCUGGAAACAAGAUUUACUGUUUUCUAUAGAUUGUUUUUAAAAUCAGACUAGAAAGCCUUUUUGUAAAGGAACUCUUUAUAAAUUGAAGGAAUGCUUCUCAUCAAGGUUUUAUGUGGAACAAGCUAAAACUAUCUGUUUCCAGUUUGAAGUUUGUUUUAAAAAAAUUCAAAUUGGAGGGGGCUCUUUUUUGAGCUGAGGAAUAGAUGUUUCAAAAUAGUGGAAUUGGUACAUUAGGGUUAUGCUUGGGAAAAUGUCUCUCAAAAGAACAUCAGUUUUUCAGAUUCCUGUAGAUAAGCGUUCUACUUACCCCCGUGUCUACAGUUAGAGAAAAAUGAGGAAAAGUCAGAAAGUCCAGUUGCUUGAAGUUGGUGUGUGUUGGGGGAGGGUGGAUGGAGAGAGAACUCGAGAAAGCACGUGAAGAGGUCAUUGUGUUGUUAAAUUGGCAUUGUUUUCUGUACAUUACUACAGGCAGUUCUGAAAUAAAAACUAUGCUCUCAA